UUGAUAGAGAAUCGAAGAACAAUAUUUUAAAUGAAACAAGUAGAUGGAGACAACCUCAAAUGUGACAUAUUUCAACAUUCAAAUAGUAUUCGUAUUACAAACAGAAUGACAGUUCUAUCGAUGAAAAGCAUGUUUUGACAUUUUCUUUGGAAAUGACAAUAGAACACUAAAGACCACACACAACAUUUAUUUUUAACAUUUUUCAAUUAUUUAAUAAAAAAAAUUAUAAAUAGCUUUGUCAUUCGUUGGAAAAUGAGUGCUUUAUUUCAGAGAGGAUUGUUACAAUCUGAAAAGGUUUUGGUGCAAUGUAAACGAUAUGGAAGUAAAAUAAAUAUACAACGACCCCGGCCACCGCAUUACACUCGUAAAUUGUUCAAUGCGGUAACAGAGCCUGUAUAUCCGCGUAGAACUGCGAUCGAUUUGUGUUUUGAAAAACAAGCGUUGCAAAAGUUGGAAAAAGAAAAAGAGGAAAAAUUGACAUUGCAUCAAUAUGAUGCUAUUCUGGCACGUGAAUUGCAUGGAUUCUUUAAUUCGGCCCAAAUGAUAUUGAUUUGUCAGAAAAAUUCAAUGAGUGCUUUCGAUUAUUUUAAUUUUCGAGUGGCAAUGCACAAGAAAAAUAUCAAAACAACAGUUUAUGGACGAAAAAUCAUCAGAGGCGCUCUUGAAGAUACCAAGUUUAGUUCACUAUUACCAUUGCUCAGUCAAACAACAUACAAUUGUAUGCUAUUUAGUGAUGAAUGGAAUAUCAAAGAUGCAUUGAAUGUGUUGAAGAAAACGCAAAAAAUGAUUUUGCUGGCCGGUGUAUUGGGCGAUCGUUUCAUGAGCCGAAGUGAAUUGGAAAAUUAUGCCAAACUACCCGAUUUACAAGUGUCACGAGCACAAUUCGUGGCGACAAUGAAUUCGGUUGGCGGUCAACUUACAAAUCAUCUGCAGGCACAUCAAAGUAAUUUCGCUUACAUGCUAGAUGCACACGCUGAAGCAUUGAAAACCGCUGAUGCAAACACCGGCACAUCGACAAGUGCGACCAAUGAAAAUUCACCAACAACAACAGAGACCACAACCGAUGAAAAAUCCACAUAAAAUACAAAUGACGGUUUAUGUUAAGAAAUUCUAAUGUGUACAACUUGUUACAGUCGAAAUAAAUUAAAUAGAAAAUAAAACUUUAAAUUACACAAA